CCUAAUUGAUAGCCAUGGGGGCCGUUGGGUCUUUAGAAAACGUGUCGUCUGGAAUUGACCCACUUUUCAUGGAAUUGGACAGGCCCUGGUUGACAUGCCUCUGAGCUUCCUUCAUUCUUUGUUAUUUCCUUCAUUCUUGACUCGGAAUGUCCUCAUUUCAUUCGGAAUGCCCUCUUUCGGGCUGAUUACAACGCCUCCCUUGCCCUCUCUCCAUGAGUAUAAGGAAGCGUUCUUUUCUGUACUUUUAGACCUAUUGAGCAGACAAUUCAAUGCGCUGUCAACUUCGAUCGUGUGCAACAAAACGACAUGUUAGCUUGGACUCCACCAAGUAUCGGCCGUGACUCUGCCGCGGGGAAAUAAUUGUUAACAAG